AUGGUCAGCACACGCUCCUCGUCCUCGACCCUGACCCCGGGCCUGCCGCCCACGACGCCCCACCGCUCGUCCCGCGCCGUGACGCCCGUCUCCUCGACCUCGUCGACCUCCUCGUCGCCGUCCGGAUGGUCCCACGCGCCGACGACGCUGACCCUCAUCUGGCUCGCCGUGUCGCUGCCGCUCGUCAUCUGGGACACGGGCUACGUGCUCGGCCGCCCGCACACCAUGCCCGGCGGCUGGGCGCACUGGCCCAUCUGGGCCCCCUACGCCCUGUACGGCGAGGUCGACCACAUCUACGGCUUCAAGCAGUGGAACGCCGGCAACGGCUUCACCGCCGCCCAGGGCUGGCUCAACGCCGUCGAGACCGCCAUGUACCUCGCCUACUUCUGGAUCUGGUACUCGAGCGCCCGCGGCGUCCGCGGCGGCGAGAAGAGGAUCGCGGGCCGGGCCGGCGCGUUCGCUGUCGUCUUGGGCUUCGCGGCGUCGGUCAUGACUGUGAGCAAGACGGUGCUGUACUGGUUGAAUGAGUACCACUCUAGCUUCGACAACAUCGGCCACAACAAGCCGCUGGAUCUGCUCCUCCUCUGGAUCGUCCCAAACGGCGCAUGGCUCGUCGUCCCCACAUACAUGAUCUACCAAAUCGGAAGCGAGAUCAUCGACGGCCUCACUCUCGCGUCUGCCGCGCCGCGAUCCAUCAAAUCCGAGUAA